AUGUUGAGUGUGGUGCUGUGCGUGGCGCUGGGCGCUGUGCUGUGCAGUGGGGACGUAGCAAUUGUGGAGGACGAGGUGGGUGCGCUGCACGUGAACACGAGCGACCCGUCGUUGCAGCCCGUGUAUGUCAAUGGCGAGGACUUGGUGGCCACGCUGCUGGCGCAAGCGAGCACGAUCGAGGCGCAGGCAAAGCAGCUGUCGCAGCAGCAGCGCACGCUGGAGCAGCAGCAGCGGCGGAUCGCGGGCCUGCGGCCAAAGGUGUGCCCGCCCACCGCAAACGUGACGGCCAUCACCAUCGGAGCAGACAGCACGGGCCCAAACAAGUGGAUUGGCGGCGUGCUGGCGGACAAUGGGCUCAUCUACGGCAUGCCAUAUCAGGCCAGUGCGGUGCUGAUCAUCGACCCUGCCACCAACACCGCCGACACCACCAGCAUGCCCGAUGUCAGCAACGGGCUGACGCAGUGGGGUGGUGGUGUGCUCGCCAGGGACGGCCUCAUCUAUGGCUUCCCGCACGCGGCGUCGCACGUGCUGGUGAUCGACCCAGCCACCAACAGAGCCGACACCACCGCGCUCCCACGGCCCGGAGCCGGCCGGUGGCUCAGCGGCGUCGAAGCCGACAACGGCCUCAUCUACGGCAUGCCGUGGGGCUUCCCCGUGGUGCUGGUCAUCGACCCCAGCACCAACACGACAACAGCCAUCACGGAGGGUGACUUUGGCAGCGGAAAUGCACGGUGGUAUGGUGCCGUGGUUGCAGGGACUGGCCUCAUCUACGCACCCCCAUUUGAUGGCACGAGCGUGCUUGUCGUUGACCCCAACACCAACACCGUCAGCAGCCUGCCUGUGUCACCCGCCCCAGCAUCAAGCGGGUGGGCGGGUGUGGUGCUCAGCGCAGGCGGGCUCAUCUACGCUCUUCCCUUCGCCGCCCAAUCGGUGCUCAUCAUCGACCCUGUCGCCAACAUCACGGACACCACAACGGUCACCCUUGCGAACACGCCGCUCGAGGCGUCCACGCCGGCCAAGUGGCGCGGUGGCGUGCUUGCGCCAAACGGGGUCGUCGUGGGCGUGCCGAACCAGGUGCCUAACGUGUUGGUGGUGGACACGAUCACCAACACCAUUGACAUCACCACCGCCACGGUGCCUGCUGGACUCGACCAGUAUUGGGGCGGCGUGCUCGCCAACAACGGGCUUGUCUACAUGAUCCCAUUCGAUGCUGAGACCGUCGCCAUCGUCAACCCGGGCUGCUGA